UAGAGGAUCUGUGUCCGAAUCGGUAAGAAAAUUUGUAGCGCUGCGUUUCAUUUGCAAAAAGUUGCGUUUUAACCACAUCAGAACGAGAGAGACACAAGUAAGAACUAUGGCGAGAGUGACUAAUGUUUUGCGCAGAGCUUACAAAUCUAUUGAAGAUUUGGAUUUGCUGAGAAUUUUGGAAUCUGAGCUCAACCACGAACUCUCCUCCAUGCGCUUCCAGAAUGAAAAAAUGGGUUCAUUUGGUGAUUUUGUGGUGGAGUGGGACUCUCCCAAGUCCCAAGAUGUGAUUCUGAGGAAAAAGUGUUCGUCGUCCGGGGAGGAAGUGGCCAUCUCGGCAUUGUUGGGCCGCGAUACUUUCCAUGAAGAUAGCAGGUUCCCUGCAGAAGCUUUGUUGAAAAUAUGUGUGAAAAAGCCCGGUUUGAGCUCUAUCUUGAAGUUUGAUUGUGUAGCGUCCAAUAGAGGAGGCACUCAGCCUGAUUUUCACAUUCACAACGCCCACUACAUUCCAUCGUCGUCUCUCAGUUCAUCAGUUUAUAGAGGGCCGUUAUUCAGUGAUCUGGACCCUGCUUUACAACAUGAGCUGAAGCAGUAUCUAGCAGCCAGAGGGAUUGAAGAGGACUUCACCAACAACCUCCUCCUCUACCUACACAAGAAAGAGCAAGGUCAAUACACGGGCUGGUUACAAAAGCUAAAGGAGAUGAUGGACAGAACAUAAUGAUUCGUUACGUCCCAUUGUUUUCAUGUUUGGAUGGCCCCACGGCAACACUGGUGGAGUUGGAACCAGACCAUUUUUUCUUUUUCUUUACAAAUAAUUUUUGAAAUUAAGUAGUUUGAUACUUAUUUCUUUUGUUUAUUUAACCGCUCU